UAUCUCAAGAUAGUCAAGAUUGUCAAGUUGUGUUUUUCUUUUACAGAGUUCAGUGGAAAAUAUUGAUUUAAAAAUUAAAAUUUGCUAUCAAUUAAAACAUUGAAUUGAUUGACUCCUUCCUGUUCAUUAUAUAUUAUAUCUAAGAAGUGAGAAAACUGUGGUCUGUGAUCACCACCAUAUCACCCUAUCACACAAAAUAUGUGAUAUGUGAUAGUAAUUUAAUGAUGUCAUGAACAUGAUAUGUAUGGUGUAAAAAAGUGAAGAAAAGAAAGGUCAUUCCUGAAAAUGAAGACAUAGAUUAUAUUUGUCAAGUUUUGAGGACGAAUUUUAAAGAUUCGUUGCUCUUCCAAAUUAUGUUGAGACCUGUUAUAAUUCAAGAAGAUAUUGUUGUUAAUGAUAUUGCAUUUCCCUAAAAUGUGUUCAUUAAUAUUGAUGAGUCCUACUUUCAAUAACCAGCUUACUGAUAAGGCGUCUUAUCACCUGUAAUUUGACAGCAUAAGCAACAAUAUGUUUAUAAGUGAAAGACAAUUUUCCUGACAAUUUCUCCAUCCAUUAUAAAAAUGUAUGUCACUGGGAGUUUACUGGCUAAGUGCAUAACUGUUAUUCUAAUUUCAACUUACCAUACAUGUUAUGGGGAAGAUCAGAAUAAGCCCAUGUCUGAUAAGCAAAGAAUACAACUCAGGGAAGAGGCAAGGGAUAUGUUCUAUCAUGCUUACAAUGCCUAUAUGGACAAUGCUUACCCUGCAGAUGAACUUAUGCCAUUGAGUUGUAUGGGACGUUAUAGAGGUGUUACACCAAACAGGGGAGACAUAGAUGAUUCCUUAGGAAAUUUCUCAUUGACAUUGAUAGAUACUCUAGAUACCCUUGUUAUACUGGGUGAUCUUGAAGAAUUUGAGCAUGCUGUGAAAUUGAUAAUAAAAGAUGUUUCCUUUGAUAAUGAUAUCAUUGUUUCUGUGUUUGAAACAAACAUCAGAGUACUGGGGGGUUUACUAUCAGCACAUAUCCUAGCAGACUAUUUGCAACAGAGAGAUGGUAUCAUGCCAUGGUACAAGGGAGAGUUAUUGAGCAUGAGCAAAGAUGUUGGAUACAGAUUGUUACCAGCUUUCAAUACUACCACAGGAAUACCACAUUCCAGGGUGAAUCUGAAAUUUGGUCUAAAAAGCGACCGCCUAGAAUCGGCCCGCGAAACCUGCACCGCUUGCGCCGGCUCCAUGAUCCUCGAGAUGGCCGCCCUGUCCCGCCUCACCGGCGAGCCCCUCUUCGAGGCCAAGGCCCAGAAGGCCAUGGACGAGCUGUGGAAGAUGCGCCACCGCAGCAGCGACCUCAUGGGCACCGUCCUCAACGUCCAUUCCGGCGAUUGGGUGCGUCGUGAUUCGGGGGUGGGCGCUGGUAUCGAUUCGUACUACGAAUACUGCCUCAAGGCGUACAUCCUGCUGGGCGAGGGCAAGUACCUGGACAGGUUCGACAGGCACUACACGGCGGUGAUGAAGUACAUCUCGCAGGGGCCGAUGCUGCUGGACGUUCACAUGCACAGGCCGCACACCAACUCCCGCAACUUCAUGGACGCCCUGUUAGCCUUCUGGCCAGGCUUGCAAGUCCUCAAAGGCGACAUAAAACCGGCGAUCGAAACGCACGAGAUGCUCUACCAGGUGAUGCAACGCCACAAGUUCAUCCCCGAAGCCUUCACCACCGAUUUCCAGGUCCACUGGGGCAACCACCCGCUGCGCCCCGAGUUCCUCGAAUCCACGUACUUCCUCUACAGCGCCACCGGCGAUCCGUACUACCUCGAGGUGGGGAGAAAAGUAUUGAAGAGUUUGCAGAAGUAUGCCAGAGUGCCUUGUGGUUAUGCUGCUGUCAAUGACGUCAGGACUGGCAAGAAGGAGGACAGGAUGGACUCGUUCGUCUUGGCUGAGACGUUCAAGUAUCUGUAUUUGUUGUUCGCCGACAAGGAGGAUCUCGUUUUGAAUUUGGACGAGUUUUUGUUUACCACCGAGGGGCAUCUGUUUCCGCUGAAUCUCGCUGGUCAAACGAAUAACGGCACCAAAAUCACCGAAUCCGAGUCCAGAGACGCCGCCUUCGACCAGACCUGUCCGAACACGAUGCGCCUGUUCCCCGCCUCUUUCAGGCGACCGUUGCAGAACAUGGUAGACGGCGUGUGCCCGCGGCGGUCCCACAAGCGGCGGCUGACCGCCUCGGAGUUCUCGGCGGCCAAUUUGAACCACCUGAAGGUGCUCAAGGAUAUGGGCAUCAACCUGCUGGCAUUGAACGAUGGGAGGGUGCAGCUGCUGCAUACUUUUUCGGCGGCUCGUUCAGCUGCAGACGCAGAAGAAGGUCUGCUCUUCAUGCAAGAAAUGGUGGAACUGUCCAAACAGCAGAACCAGCAGCCGGAGCCCGUUCCCCAAGCGGUCGUGAUAACGAUGAAAGACCAAAAAGGCCACGACAAUCCCACCAUCGUCAUGCAAGCCGGACCCUCACAGUUCGGCAGAAACCUCAAAGGCGACCAACAGGUCACCGCCGGAGUGGUGCUAGUGCAGCCAUUCCGUGGUUGCGACGGCAUAAAGGCGCCCGAGCUCAUCAAAGGGCGGAUAGCCGUGAUGGAGAGGGGUGACUGCAUGUUCAUCGACAAGGUGCGCAAAAUACAGAAGCACGGCGCCGUCGCAGCGGUCAUUCUCGACAAUUCUCCAGGCAGCAGCUCGGCAGGCUCUCCCAUGUUCUCCAUGUCCGGCGAUGGGAACGAUGAUGUCGAAAUACCGGCUGUUUUUCUGUUCAAUCAGGAAUCGUCGAAGUUGAUGCUCGCGCUGUCCAAGGACCCGCAGCUGGAGGUCACCAUCAGAGAGCUGAAGGAGUCGGAUAAUUUUUCUCACAACGACGAGGAGAGUAUGUUCCAGAAGCUGAAGGUAUCCGUCCAGGAGUUCCUCAACAAGCACACAGGGCUGGAGUUUACGAAAACUGUGGAGUUGGGCGGGUUCAGGGCUAGCAUCGGCAACAAUAAGGUUAUGGUGACGUAUGCCGGCUCCGACGGUGACGUUCCUCUCGUUAAAGACGCCAGCUCGAACGGCCAGUGGGCCAAGAUCAGAAAAGGCUUACUCAAGUCAAUCCUCGGCUCAGAAUCCAAAGAACUCAUCGUCCCGCUCAACAUCCUGAGGAUCUACCAUCAGACGCUGGGCGGGGCCACUGGCAAAGGAGACGUGGUGGAGCAGACCAAGUGGCUGCUCAAUGAACUGUUGAAGGAGUAUCAGACUAAGGAGGAUCAGACCAAGGAAGACGAUUUGGUGAGGUUAGAGGCGGAGGAGGAUCGAGGAGCGUCGGUGAUAGCGGAUACGGUCAAGCAAAAUUUCAACAAUUUCAAAGACGUGAGUUCUAUGUUGAAGUCGGUUAAUUUCGAGAAUCUGCAGGAGACGAGGGAGAUUUUGGAUAAGGUCAUCGAUAAAUUAAAAUUGGAAACUUCUGAUGAGAUUAUAGUGUCCAGUAGUGAGAGUGUUGAGGAUAAAGUGAAAAAUGCAGGUGAUAGGAAACCUGACUCCAGGACAACUCAUUCUGUAGACGAGUUAUGAUUAAUAUUGCAUUUGAAUGUUUAGGAUGCGAAUUUUAUUGUGUAAAUUCAUUUAUUAUUCUCAAGUUUGGACAGGGGAUGGAGAAGUAAAAUUGAGAUGAUUAUUUUUUCAUCAGUUCCUUUACCGAGGACCUCCUGUUGAUGUGAUAAUAUGAUAGCAAUUUAAUUUAUACCAAAAAUGUUUCCUAUUUAAAAAACGAACGUCGCAUAAUAAAGAUUAUGGAUGAGAUUCAAUCUUUGUUUAGUAUUUAAUACUUUAUGUCUAGGUUAUCAAUUAUUUCCCUUGUUUAUAGGUAUAAAAUAUUGUUACUUUGCGUCUCAUAUUCUA